AUGCUGGAUGGUCUGCUGCUCGCCGAGGGGCGCGACAGCCCCCGGGUGCUCCGGGGGGAAGAGCCUGUCAGCUGCCUCUGGGUGCAGAAGUCCAAGCUGUUGGUGAUCCAAGUGAAGACCAUUUCCUGUCGUUAUAGCCGCCCAGCCCCUCCUCGACAGCUCAUGGACUUCCAGGCCGGCCCCUGGGCCCGCGGGCCCCAGAGUCGCACGUGUAGGCCGCGCCCGGGAUCCCCUGAGCCGCCGCCCCGCCGGCCCUGGGCCUCCAGGGUGCUGCAGGAGGCCACCAACUGGCGGGCGGGGCCCCCGGCCGAGGUCCGAGCCCGGGAGCAAGAGAAAAGGAAAGCGGCGUCGCAGGAGCGGGAGGCCAAGGAGACCGAGCGAAAAAGGCGCAAGGCCGGCGGGGUCCGACGGAGCCCCCCGGGCCCACCCCGCCCCGAGCCCCGGAACGCCCCUCGGGCGGCCCAGCCUGCAGGCUUCCCCGGCCCCACGAGGCGGGAGCGGCCCGGGCCGCUGGGCAGAGCGUCGCGCCCGUCGGCCCAGCCUCACGGCGGAGAAGCGGGGGCGGCGGGCUUGGCGGGCUUGGGGCCCUGGGGGUGUUUGCGGCCCGGACCCCCCAGCUACGAGGCUCACCUGUUGCUUCGAGGCGCGGUCGGGACGGCGCUGCGACGCCGCUGGGACCGGCCGCCGCCCUACGUGGCCCCGCCUUCUUACGAGGGUCCCCACAGGACCUUAGGGACUAAGCCAAGCCCGGAGCAAUGCCAGGCGCUGGCCGCGUCCGCCCCUGCUCCGACCCCGGCCAGGACGGAGGGUGGGAGCGCCAAGAAGAGGCUGGAUCCUCGCAUCUACCGGGACGUCCUCGGAGCUUGGGGUCUCCGGCAGGGCCGGGGUCUGCUGGGAGGCUCACCAGGCUGUGGCGCCCCCAGAGCGCACCGGCCGGAGUCUGGGGGCCGAGGGGCCGCAAGCAAGAGGCUGGGCCCGCCUGCCGCCGGCCUGGACAGUGGCAGCGACCGCCGCUCUCAGGCCACGGUGGCGGGGAGCUCCGCAGCCAAGACAGCUGUCGCGCGGCCUGCCACCCCGACUCCCAGCCCCCGGCGCUCGGCGCCCAGGCCCAGGCAACCCCCCAAGGGCUCCAGGGAAAGCAAGGAGGGGAGAGGGCAGGCCUGGCUCCCCCGAUGUUGGAUUCCCUCCCCGAGAAAGCAGCCGCCCCGGCAGAGCCAGACCCUCCCUAGACCCUGGGCUCCGGGAGGCACCGGCUGGAAGGAGGCCCUGGGUCUCCAGCAGGGGCCGGGCCCCGGGCAUGGGAGGGCGGCCCGCCGCGCCCACACCCUGCCCCGCAGCUCCCGGGGCCCGGUUCGCGGGGAAGGCGUGUUUGUCAUCGACGCCACGUGCGUCGUGAUCAAGGCCCAGUACGUGCCGACCCCUGGAGGCCAGCGUCUGCCCUCCGAGGGGCCGCGCGCCGGGGGCGCUGUCCCCAGCCCGCCCCGGCCCGGCCAGCAGGAGGGCGAGCCGGCUGCGGCCUCACCCCCCGGCUGCCAGAAGCAGCUGCAGAGCAGUCGCCUCUCGCUCGGGCCGGGCGAGGCCUGCGGGUGCGAGGCGGAGAGCGGGCAGCCGGGGGACCCGUCCCCGGAGGAGCGCACCUCCGGGAUACUGGGGCUCCGGGUGGGCGCAGCGAGCCCGCGGGGCGGCCGCCCGGAGCAGCCGGCCUUAGGCCCCGCGGCAGGGACGGGCUGCGCGCCGGGCGCGCGAGGCUCGGCGGCCCCGAGGCGAGCCGGCGGAGGCUGGGUGCGCGUUCCCGGGCCCUACGCGGGGGCCCUGCGGGAAGCCGUGUCCCGCAUCCGCCGCCACACCGCCCCGGACUCGGACUCGGACGAGGCUGAGGCGCUCAGCAUCCGCAGUGGCUCGUCCGACGACGGGAGCGACACGGAAGCCCCGCGCACCUCCUGGCAGGGUGACAGGACCCUGCCCGCGGCGGGGAACCCUGGGCCCCGGGAAGGUGGGCAGGGCUCCGAGCCGAGUCACAGCAGCGGGGAGGGUUCAGGCGUGGGCAGGCACGCCGAGGAGGCACUGUCUGGGGCGCGGGACACGGAGACCCCCAAGGCAGAGAAUCAGCAACAGUGA